UGGCGGCCGAGACCACAGUCUGUUGCCGGAGACUUUAACGGUCGUUUACUCGCACACACCGCGCACAGCCGGACGAACCGUCUUACGGCCAACACGCGCGUUUCUCGCCAUGGAAUAACCUUAGGCCGUGCCUAAGUAUAUUGCCUUCGCCGCCGACCUAACCUGGCACUUGACCAGCCGGCUAAUGUGCAGUACGGGCGUUUGUGUUUUUGUGUGUUUCAAUUAUUUGUGUUCAACUAUGAAUUUUGAUUGUCAUAUUCUGUAAUUAAAAAACAAUUCGUUUUCACAUAACAUAAUAUACAAUCUCGAGUUACGUUUAUUACCGGUAUAACGCCGGUGAAUAAUUGUUAUUAUUUUGUUUUUUUUUUUAACUAAAGAAGAUAACCAUUAUCUAUUAAUUAUUAUAUCCCACGAUGACCGAGUUCGACGCGAACAACAAUAGCGCGGUGGUGCCGUUGCAGGAGAAAUCAAUUAUGGUCCAGGAGAAAUACUCGCUGAGGCCUAGGGCUUCGUUAAAGCGCGAAGAACCCGACGAAGAAAACGAGGAAGCAUCGUGGAAACCCUCGGGUCGGGGCCGUUCGGCCAAACGGAGACAGAAACCCAAACCCUUGAGCAGGUAUCGGAGGAAGACCGCAAACGCGCGAGAGCGGAGCAGGAUGAGAGAGAUCAACGAGGCGUUCGAAGCGCUCAGGCGAGCCGUACCGCACCUGGCCGUGGAGGCGCACAACGAGAAGCUCACCAAAAUCACCACGCUCCGGCUGGCCAUGAAGUACAUAUCGGCGCUGAGCGGUCUGCUGUCCGCGCAGCCGUCGCCGGCCACGCUGGCCGCCACUUCGCCGUCCGAGUCGGACGUGGACUCGCUGCUCAGCGAGUACGCCCCGGACCUGCUCAGCGAGUGUUCCGUGUCCACGCCGCCCGGCAGCAGCAGCGGCGGCGGUGGCGGCGGCAGCGGCAGCGGCGGCGGCUGUUUCCUGGAUCCGGUGUUCCGGGACAUGUCCACGUACUCGCUGUCCCCGUCGUCGUGCUCCACCGACGUCGGAUUCCCGUCCCUGUUGGCCGCCGACUUCCCGGACGCCUCGUCGUUCAUGCCGUUCGCCGACCACGCGUUGCCGCCCAUCGACUUCAACGGCGACCCGUACAUGUUCGAAGACAACUUCGCCACCGAGUUCAGCUAGACCGGCCGCCGCCCGUUUCUUCGAGGUGCCAUAAUAAUAAUAGAUAAUAAUAUUAGUUUUGUAAUUAUUGAAUAUCGCCGCCGCGACGUUGUACUUUACAACGACCGUUUUUUUACCAUCAGAGUGAAAAUCUGCCAAACUAGACGUUUCUAGACAGUAUUGUGAUAAUACUAUAAACGGAAUCGAGUUGGCGACGCGCUAUCCUAAAAUCAUACUAAAAAAAAAAAAAAUUAUAGUAAAUAUACAAAAUAAAACAGAUAAAAAAUAAGUCCAACUUCUAACGCUCUGAUGUGUAAGUUAUCAAAAUUCAUUCUUUUUUAAACGUACCUAUUUUAACUUUGAUGUAAUUAGAAAUAUUGUCCUCAUUAUGAUUUUUUAUUGUCUACCGGCAAUGUAGGUACGGUACGCGUCGUCAUCUCGACUUUGUAAUAUUAAAAAAAAUAAUAAUAAUAAUACUGUAGGAAUAAUUAUUAAUGUUGUGUUUUAGUAUAGUAAGGGAUGACGUGACGGUCGCCAGCGUUUUUUUCUUGCGUUUAUUUUUUUUUUCCGUCUAAACAUAUUUUUUUUAACUGUGAUACUGUGUAUACUACCUAUAUAUUAUUUUUUUUUUCUUAUCUACCUAUAUAUAUUGUGAAAAUCGUAAGCCGUCGUUUGCCGUUGAUGAUAAUAAUUUAACACUGUGUAACGUCUUAGCCGGUAACCAACGGCGGUGUUAAGUUAUUAUUAUUAUUGUCUGUCGUAUUUGUCUGCGCAAAAUAAACACAAAACGCUUCAAUCGACGAGAAUCUUAUGGGACGAUGAAAUGAAAAGAUAAAUAAAAAAUGUCUAACCGGUGAAACUGGUUGUGUAAUAUACUUGGC